ACGCCGCUGCCCGCCGAGGCUCUCCCCACCAAGGGCCUGCCGCCCGGGCUGCUGGCGUUGGGCGAGGUCGCUCGGCCCCCGCUGGAAGCCGCCAUCCACGACGCGGUAGAACUAGUGGCCCGCGCGCUGGGCAGCACGGCCCGCGUGCAGCCGGAGCGUGCCGUCCUCCCCACCACGGUCAACUGCAAUGACCUGCCGCUGCCCGGUCCCUAGUCCUCCGGCCGCCUCUUGGCACGGUUCCUGGCCAACACGUCCUUCCGGGGCCACACGGGGCCGCUGUGGGUGACCGGCUCCUCGCAGGUGCAAAUCUCCCGGCGCUUCCGCGUGUGGAGCCUCCGCCGGGACCCGCGGGGCGCCCCGGCCUGGGCCACGCUGGGCCGGUGGCGGGACGGGCGGCCCCCACCCCCGCCGGGCGCCCGGGCGCGGCCCAAGCUGCGCGUGGUGACGCUGGUGGAGCACCCGUUCGUGUUCGCCCGCGAGCCGGACGAGGACGGUCGGUGCCCGGCGGGGCAGCUGUGCCUGGCCCCCGGCACAAACGACUCGGCCGCUCUGCGCGCGCUCUUCGCCGCGCUGGCCGACGGCUCGGCGCCCCGCGCGCUGCGCAGGUGCUGCUACGGCUACUGCAUCGACCUGCUGGAGCGCCUGGCGGAGGAUGCGCCCUUCGACUUCGAGCUGUACACCGUGGGCGACAGCAAGUACGGCGCGCUGAGCGACGGGCGCUGGAGCGGCCUGGUGGGCGACCUGCUGGCCGGCCGGGCGCACAUGGCCGUCACCAGCUUCAGCAUCAACUCAGCCUGCUCGCAGGUGGUGGACUUCACCAGCCCCUUCUCCACCAGCCUGGGCGUCAUGGCGCGCGCGCGGGACACGGCGUCGCCCAUCGGCGCCUUCAUGUGGCCUCUGCACUGGUCCAUGUGGCUGGGCAUCUUCACCGCGCUGCACCUGACUGCGCUCUUCCUCACCCUCUAUGAGUGGCGCAGCCCCUCCUGCCUCACGCCCCGCGGCCGCAACCGGGGCACCGUAUUCUCCUACUCCUCCGCCCUCAACCUCUGCUACGCCAUCCUCUUUGGACGCACAGUGUCCGGUAAGACGCCCAAGUGCCCCACGGGCUGCCUCCUCGUGAACCUGUGGGCCAUCUUCUGCCUGCUCGUGCUGUCCAGCUACACGGCCAACCUGGCCGCCGUCAUGGUCGGGGACAAGACUUUUGAGGAGCUGUCGGGGAUCCACGACCCUAAGCUGCACCACCCGUCCCAGGGUUUCCGCUUCGGCACCGUGUGGGAAAGCAGCGCCAAGGCCUACAUCAAGAAGAGCUUCCCGGAGAUGUACGCACACGUGCGGCGCCACAGCGCGCCCACCACGCCCCACGGCAUCGCCAUGCUGACAUAAGGGGGGCGCUCGCUCCUGGACUACGAGGUGUCCAUCGACGUGGACUGCAGACUGCUGACCGUGGGCAAGACUUCCGCCAUCGAGGGCUCUGGCAUCGGACUCCCCCGGAAUUCGCCGCUCACCUCCAACCUGUCCGAGUUCAUCAGCCGCUACAAGUCCUCCGGCUUCAUCGACCUGCUGCACGACAAGUGGUACAAGAUGGUGCCUUGUGGCAAGCGUGUCUUCGCCGUUACAGAGACCCUCCAGAUGGGCAUCUACCACUUCUCGGGACUCUUCGUGCUGCUCUGCCUGGGCCUGGGCAGUUCUGCUCUGCUCAGCUCGCUGGGGGAGCAUGUCUUCUACCGCCUGGCGCUGCCGCGCAUCCGAAGGGGCAACAAGCUGCAGUACUGGCUGCACACGAGCCAGAGAAUCCAUCGCGCCCUCAACGAGCCGCCCGAGGGGCAGGAGGAGCCGGAGCCGAGGGGUCCCGAGGAGCCGCGGCAGGACACUCUGGCCGCCCCCGCGGGCCCGGGGGGCUGGACACGGGUGCACUGGGCCUCGGUGAGGGAGCGUCGCGCGCACUUCCUGCUGGAGCCGGCCGUGGCCGCCGCCACCGCUCCCGUUGAGGAUGCCCCAGACGAGGAUGCGGAUGCGGCCGGGCCGCCGGGGGCGGGGGGGCCCGUCUGGCUCUGCUCCAACGGCCGCCCGCCCGCCGAGCUGUUCCCGGGCGCCCCGCGCCCCGGGGGGCUAGAGCAGCUGGAGCAGCGCAUCGCGGGCGCACGCGAGAGGCUCCGCCAGGCGCUGGUGCGGCGCGGGCAGCUCCUCGCCCAGCUCGGGGACAGCGCCCGCGACGGGCCGCACAGCCGGCUCCAGGCCUCCCGGGAAGCACCCGUGGCCGCCCGGUGA